UAGCAACUGGCAAACAUAACAAACAUUUAUUAAAAAAUUUAAUAACACUACAGUGCCUAAGCGCCUGUUUCACUCGAAAUGCUAUUACCAUUCUAGACAGUCGCCUUAGAUCAUUAGAUCACCCCAAAAUUCAAAUCAUUUUUCACCAACAAAAUUCACAGUACAAAUUACCGAUGGAGAGCGCGUGCAAAGUCAUGGAGCAGCUGCUGGCGGCUGUCGAACAAAGCCAGUGCCAGUCAUAUUGUCACAGCAGCACAACCGCGUCCACACCCACGGCCAUUACAACCAUUUCGUUGGAGUGCUCCUCCGGUCCCGCUUCUCGUUUCCGGUUGGAUGGUCAGCCCAUACUGCCGCCGUUGAUGACGAGCUCCAAGCGCAGGGAGGUAGAGUUGGAUCGCCAGAUGGCCAUCCAACUAGAGGAGCAGUAUCGACUGGCCAGAUGCUCGGCGGGCGCCGAAGAACGCAGAACUUCUGGCGUGAUGGCAAGCAGAAGAAGUGUGCCGCAGCUUCAACAAACAGAGACGUUCAUUUAUGACAGUACACAACGUCCACAGCGACCCAAAGUUCUUGGGUUGGAACAGAAGCAGCUACCAACCAUCCAUGUGGAUCCUCCCACGCCUCACGUAGAUCCUCCCACGCCGCCGUCUCCUAAGGAGCCUCCACUAUCACCGCUUCGGAUCAAACCCAAUCGAAUAACCAAUCGCAUUUUGCAAUUCGAGCUGUCUGGGCUGGGCCAACUUUUACCUAGUCCAGCCUCCACAGCGCCGCCCAGUCCUCCUAAAAAGUGCAUUCUGCGUUCCAGCACUAGUCCUUCCUUGGCGCAACAGCAAGUACCUGCCCCAGUCGAUGAGCUGCGAGUAGAUAUAGUUCCCACGGAACCUGUUGGACUUCAGCGCUCCAGAAGUUUUACUCUGGAGGAGCCCAGUCAGGUUCUGGUCGAACAUAUGCAGAGAGCCCAUGCCCAAGCUGAACCCCAAGUUCAUUCCCCACGUCCCUCGCAGCUGGCCAGCUACCAGCAGGAAACCGUCGAGUCCAUGGCCAAGAAGGUAAACAAGAGCCCAAGGAGUAGCUGUACCAAUACCAGUCCCAGUUGCACCAGACGCAGAGAACGGGAACGCGUUGAUCACCCUGAAAGAGAUCGAGAGAUCGAACACAUGAUAGAACGGGCUUUGGUUGAGCAAGGCCCAGUGGAUUCUUCUCGUAAGGCAGGGAUUCGCAAGUACCUGCGGGGCCAUCGAGAGCGUCUCAAUCAGUUGGUACAAUACCAGGAGGAGGAGCGCCGACGCAUGCAGGCCGAGUUUGACCGCCAGCAACGCUUUCUUAUUGACGCUUUGUGCUCCGAAAUUGAUGAAUCUGCUUCGGUGGGCCCACCGGAGAGCCAGGUCUCGGCGUACACUAGCACAGGAGAUUUAGAAAGGCAGAUGGCGAGCAGUUCGCUUAGUGGCGACAUUAGCAACCGGAAUUCAACCACGCCUGGCUGGUCAUCUCCCAGCAAUACAAUCAUUUUGUCGUCGUGUCUCGAGAACUCACCCCGAAAUUUCGAUGAUUUGGAUGAGUUCCUCAAUAUGGAGGAUAAUUGUAGGUCGACGGCGCCAACUUCAUCGCGAAAGCGGCUUUUCAGUCCUAAGCUGUCAUUGACGUAUGACUCUGAACCGCAGCCGCUGGAGGAGAUCAGUGCACCGAGCACUCCGCGAUCCUUGCCGUUACGGAACAGUAGCCUAAGCAAUACCAGGCGCAGACCGGGACCAGGAUCCGUAACCAUCCCACAGGCUCCACUUCAAACAAGGAUGCGGUCCCGGACUGUGGGCAAUCCCAGAAAAAGCAAUGGCGGAAGCUCGGGCCUUGUCAAAUCUCCUGUCAGAGUUGUAGGAGGAGGAGGAGGAACUGGCAAAAAGAACUUAUCGGGCAGUGGCAAUUCCACACAAACGAAGAGGAACGGGAACGUCCGACACAUGAAUCAGUCUGCUCAGAGUUCGGGUAUAGUUCAGGGUGUGUGGAGUCCCACCAAGACGAAGAAGAUACCAUCACCCAUGCGAAAGAACAAUAAUCAGGAGGCGACUUUGGGAAACAAUUUUGAGCAGGAGAAGCGUGAGUGGGCAGCUACGAGAAUCAAUGCCGCCGCGAGGGGCUUCCUGGUGCGCCGGCUCUUUGGUACUGAGCAAGUGCAGCGGAUUGUCCAGACCAUUCGAGAUACUUUGAUAUUUGUGCUCAACCUGCAUCUAGAGACCUGUGGCAAUGGUCAGGAUGCGAAGGAAACGGCAAAUCUUCGUCUGAAAGCACGGCUACUGCAACAGUUGUGCUCGGCCAGCCGCACCCUGCACCUCAUAUUCUUUCAAACAAGUAUCAAGGAGCGCAUGGACAUCAUCUCAAGGGACCGGAAACGUAUCAAAACCAAGCUCCUGGCGAUGCACGUGAAGCAUCGCUAACCUGCCUCCAUUUUUAGUUCACUUUCCCUACUAAAUCUGAUAAUAAUUUUAACCAAAAUUUAAAACUUGUGUUUUUCAUUGAUAACUUUCCCAAGAGUUGCGAGUUUUAAGUUCAAAAUCAUAUUUUUUUUAAACCCUUUUCCUGUGCACUUUGAAAUCAAGUUGUUCUAGUACUAAAAUAAUAUUAGAUAAGUAUUAAAUACUACAAUAUAAAUAAUGUUGAACUUCAAUUGUUUUCAA